AUGGCCGCAAAAAAUUCACUUUCGUUUAGAAACAGUCAAAAUUAUUCGCCAACAAAUGUUGAAAAAAGUCCUUUAGCUUGGGAGUCGUUAUUACCAAGUCAUGCUAUAUUCAAAGCCAUAAAGAAAAAAGCAAAAUUGGGCCUAGAUGAACCUUUGGAUAAAAAUAUCUUAUGUGAAACACAUGGCGACCUAUUUCUUUGGGAUGACGAACAGAAACUUAUUUAUGUUGCUAACUUAAAGAAUCUUAAAGCCAAGAAUGAGCAGUCUUCUAAAUAUCAGACUCUUCUUUGCACCAGUCCACCAUUAUUUAAAGUUGAGAAAAUAGUGUUCAGUGAGACUGGUGCUUAUCUUGCUCUGAUUGGUCAACAUGGUAUUUGCGUAAUUGAGAUGCCACAGAAACGUGGAAAAUUUACACAGUUUGAGCAUGGCAAAGAACAGAUCAAUUGCAGGUCCAUCAAUAUUGAUGAACACUUUUUUGUAUGUCAUCAAUCCAUCACAAUAUUUGAGGCAAAGUGGUUUCCAGGCUCCUAUAUGGAUAUCCAUUUGAUUGUAUUGACGUCAGACAACCAAUUACGGAUAUAUGACGUAACGAAACCACUCAAUCCUCUUGACAUCAUCAGUGUUGGUGCUGUACCACAGGACCGAAGUUUCAGUUGUCCAGGAAAGUCCACAUUUGCCGAAGCGUUUGGGGAAAUUGCUGUUUCAUUUGACUUUUCCGGAGCAUUGAGUGCUGAUUCUUUUACAAAAAUACGAGCUGGGGUGAACGACGUUGCUUAUUCAGUGUUUCUCCUGAGAGAAAAUGGCGAUGUUCUAUUUAUGAUGCUAAUGUUGUUGUCCAACAGAUUUUUCUACGAUUUCCAAGGUUGUUUACCUGUGUUCCCUCCUGCUGAAGAUAACUACGGCGUGGAUUCGUGUACAAUCAUUUGCUUUCCCACAAAUCCUAUCGUUGUUGCCAUAGCGACUUGUGGUGGUCUCAUCUAUCAUUGUGUGGUACUUGAAAGUGAAGAGGAUGAUGUGUUCAGCAAACCAUUUGACGAAAUUGAGGGAGUUAGAAGCUUUGAUGGUGAUAGCGUUUAUUCACAACCAUCCACGAAGACCUCGCUCUACGUAUAUGAAUGCAUCGAUUUAUCUCUUUCAACAAGUUCUGAACGGGAGAAGAGUUUUGUUGACUUAAAGGCAUCUUCCACAGACACUUUAGAAAGCAGAAAUGAUAGUUAUUCUGUCCAACUGUUCAAAGAUUACUCGACGGGAAAUCGCUAUCAUUGUUUUCAUCCUACUGGAAUCCACACGAUUACUUUACCGUGGCUUAGAAAUUUACAACGCUUUUGCAAUGAAACUGAACAAGCUGUUAGUUUUGAUCCAAACGAAAACGGAAUUGUUCAGCAUGUUAUCUGUACGAAUCCGGUGCCAUCAAGCUCAAUCAAUCUUAUUGGCUUCACAGUAGUUAGUGAUUGGGAACUUGGAGGAACCAUAGUUGCAUUAACUGAUGCCAUGGAAUGUAUCACAAAAUCACUCAGGUAUUUGAACCGUGAUUUAUUGCGUCGUUCGUCUAUGGAAGAGUCUGACGAUAAAACAAGAUCCGAAGUAUCCACUGAUGAAAUCAAUGCAAAAAGCGAAUUCGACAAUCAUAUCAAACUGAUUCUUAAACGAGACGCGUCGAAUCCUUUGUUAAGAAGCUCAUUAAAUGACAGAAAACUCCCUCCCAAAGAUUGUUUUCAAUUCUUGACAUCCGCCACACAAACAUAUCGUACAGAAUACAUUAAUCGUCAGACUUUGGCACUCGAGGAAGUUGAACGAAGGAUUGAUAUUCUUGAUAAGCAGUAUGAAAAACAGACGGAAGAUUUAAAUAUUUUAAAUGUUGAGAAGAGAAAAUUACAAGAACGUAUGGAAAUUUUGGCUGAAAAAUAUGAAGAUACCAAAGACCGGCAAGAACUAAUAGUGAAUAGAAUUGAAAACAUAUUAGAGAAUAUUCAGUUAAGGCAACCAGUGCUCUCAAAUGCUGAAACGCGGAUGAAACAAGAGCUAGAAGAAAUAACUCGACAUACAAAAGUCUUUCAACAAUCUUUCGAUCAGUUACGGAGAAAACAAAAGUAUUUAGGUCAGAGAGAGAAAUCUACGCAAACUUUUAGAACACAGACGUUAUCUGAAAACCAUAAAAAGCAACUCUCUUUGUUAUUAAAACAAGAGAGCGAUAAUAUCCAAGCUCUUGUGAAACAAGUCAACAAUUUAAAGCUUCAAGUUGGAUUUUAAAGAGCAGCGUUUACAAGAAUAGUCGAUCCAUUAAAGAUUUCAGUUUCGAAAAGCAAGCUCAAAUGUCACAGCAAUUAGAGAAGAGACUAGUUAUCGUUUUUGCUAGUCCAAAAGUUGUCAUCUGAAAUCAUUGAUUUUCAUCUGAGGAAAACGUGUGUAAAUACAAUAACAAUUGUUAGAAGUAUCACUGAAAAAUAUGUGAAGUAUUUAAAAA